GAGGUUUUGAUGUGCGCAGUUGUGCACUCGUGUUCCGACAUUUGAAUUUUUUUGUGGGCUCACUGAAACAGUAAUUCAAUAGAGACCGAUUCACCAAUCGAGCAACGCCAUGUCCCCGGAAAGCGAUAGCGAUGUGGAGAUCAUAGAGUCGGAAUCUUUUGACUAUCGUAACCACCAUCGUCAGCCGGAACCCUUUAAGUUUUCGGACAGGAUGUUUGAUCAAAUUCCGCCCGGCAUCCUCUCGCCACCCUUCUCGCCCAGCGAUCCCAUGGACAUGCCGCUGCUCAAGGAGGCUUUGGCCCACACGGGACACGUGAAUGUGCCAGAAGGAUUCGUUCUGUGCAUUCCGUGUUAUCUGUGCAAGCAGCCCUUCAACGACUACGACACGCUCAAGGAACACCUCACCAAGCACGCGGCGGAGAUCACCGCCUGGAAUACAGGGCGUGCGCAGGCGCAGGCGCAGGCGCGGGCGCUGGAGCAGGAGCCUCGGCCCCCGCCGAUGAUGAAACCCUUUUUUCAUCCCAUCAACCAGCCCUUUCUGCAUCCCAUAGAACAGCCGCUGUUUCAUCCCAUCGAUCAGUCCAUGGUUCAGCAGCAGUUCCACAGGCCCAUGGACUUUGGCCACCAGCCGCCACUCGAUCUAUACUCACCGCCCCUCGAACCGCCGAUGCCGUAUCCAAUGCCUCCGGCUCAUCCGCAUCCGCAUCCGGUUCAACCACCCAUCCACUAUCCCAUCCAACAACCUUUGGAGUUCCCAGGACCUCGGCAUUUACCCAUGCCACCGCAGCUCCCGCGGGAAAUGCCUGUUCAACCCACACUCAGAACCCUUCUGAAGAAUCCUCCAUUUCCGCAUGAAAGUCAUAACUUUUUUGCCCCCGAAACGGGAUCUCCUCCAAUGGAGAAGCGACCUGUCUUGGUAAAACCCAAAUCACCAGCUCCUGCUCCUGCUCCUGCUCCAGCUUCUGCUCCAGCUCUUGCGCUAGCUCCUGCUCCUGGUCCGGCUAAAGGUCCAGCUCCAAUCUCGGUUCCCACAAGGCCAAGAUCUCCGGUGCUGAUAAAACCAAAAAUCCCCAGGAUGUCAACCUACAUGCGAGGUCAGUUCGAGUGCGAAUGGUGCGGGAAGCGCCUGAGUUCCCGCCAGUCCCUGCGAUACCACGAGAACCAUUUCCACGCGGAGGAGGAGCUGCCCGAGAGUGAGAUGGCCAAGGAAGGGCAGAAGCAGCACAGGUGUGCCACCUGCAAGAAGCGCUACAAGCGGCACACCUUCCUCCUGAUGCACAUGAAGGUCAAGCAUGGCAUAAUCCAAUCGCCCAAAAGAGUUCCAGAACCGGAUUCGCCGACAGCAGUUGCGCCUGCGCCUGCGCCGCCAGAGGUUGCGGGUUUGGAAUCCACCAAACCGUCGCCGGUCGAACGAGCCAAAAAGGAGAUCUGGAGCACUCGUAUCUACAACGCCGUAGCCGCCGCCAAGUACAAACCAGCCAGCGAGCGAGCGGACAAGUAUCUCUGCGCGCCACGUCGGCAACCGGAGCUUCUGGAAGCGGGUUUCGCGACCCCAAAGAAGCAGACGUAUCCACUUCGUUCGCCUUUCUUCAAUCCGGAUCUAUGGCUGGACUGCGAUGCAUGCUUAUAAAGAAAACUGGAGGGAGCCGUGGGUGAAAAUCGCAACUGGAAUAUUAAAUAUUCGAGCGGAAAAGCCAUAUCGCCUUUGGGCGGAUGUCAGCAGAGCUGACUACACUAGUCUAGUUACUGACACUAAAGAUUCUGUUCAUUUUAUGGAGCUUCCAAGAGUGUACAAUGUACAUUGUACGUACGCAAUAUCAUGGAUUAUGUAUCCAUAUGCUGGCGAGGUUUUCUGUGUCCUCAGCACUUUGGACCUCGACUUCGAAAUCCCAAAAGGCAUAGACGGAAUGUUUAUGCCAAAAUAAACAAUAUCAAGUUGCUGAGCUCAGCAAAGGAAUUUGAGCGGUCGAGCGGUUGAGCGAUCUUUUAGGUUUUAAUGAAUCGCAGCCGAUGGAAAAGCAAAUAAAGAAACUUGUGUGCACAAUA